AGUAUGUCCCACUUCUCACACUACCAAUGACCCUCAUGAUUCUCAUACCCCAAAAGGCCACUAUCCAACACCACACAUGGGGUGCCACCACACAGGAUCAUGAUGUAGCCCUUCCCUCUUAAAACCCUCAACCAGAUUGUCCCAUUUUUGCUUAUGUAAUACAAAUAUUUCCUGUUUCAUGCAGUGAGAGAUCAAAGAGAAGGUUUCCUUCUGAAACUUGGUGAGUUUGGUUAUGGAGAAAAGCAAGUCAUUCCCUGAGUACUCUUGCUCUUACACUGAAUUUGGGUUUAGAGAACGGUCCAACUCAUAUAAUUUUAAUGGGCCAACCCAGAAGGGAAGUGGGUUUAGUGCAUCAAGUGAUCCAGAGCUCAAGAGGAAGAAGAGAAUCAAGGGCUAUAAUGUGUUGACAGUGGAGGGAAAGCUUAAAACAAGUGUUAGAAACAGCUUCAAGUGGAUCAAGAACAAGUUCAGUGACAUUCGCUAUGGUGUGUGAACUAUGACCAACCAUAAAGAGUUGCUUGCAUGUGUUCAGUAAUAUCAACUUUGAAGGUAAGACCUUUAUAAAGGAAAAUAUUGCAGUGGUGUAUUUGUGAGGUAAGAAGUUGUUAUACAUAAAAAAUGCAUGAGAGGACUAGCUGGGUAUGUUCUGUAAUCAAGGGUUUAUUGGCUGGUCUUUCGUAAGAGGGAGAGCAAACUAGCAUGCUCUGUAUCAAACAAGCAAGAAUUCAAAAUGUUUCUGAAAAUUGUGAUUAGUAAUAAACUCUUCUUAUGGUUAGUUCUUUUUUUUGGA